AUGGUCUCCGCUUCCAAGGCUGCUCGUCUCGCCAAGCGUGCCGCUGAUGGCGACAAGAAGAAGACUUCGCGUGUCUCGUCGAAAAAUGCCUCCAAGGCGGCGUCGGUGAACGGCGAUGAGAACCCUAUGUUGGAUGCCGAUGGCAACCCUCUCCCCGAGGAGGAUCAGCCCGCCACCACUGAGGAGAAGAUGAAGGAGGUCGAGAAACUCACUGCACAGCUGGACAAGCAUGGGUUGUCCGAUCGAGUCACGACCGGUGUGCUUUCUUCCAUGGCAGCUUCUCGCGACGUGAAGGUCACAUCCGCUUCGUUGGUGUUCCACGGAAAGGUCUUGAUCACCGAUUCCACCCUUGAACUGAACUUUGGCCGCCGUUAUGGUCUCCUCGGUGAGAACGGUUGCGGCAAGUCGACUCUGCUCAAGGCCAUUGACGCUCGCGAGUACCCCAUCCCGGACCACAUCGAUAUCUACCUCCUCAACGAGGGUGCCCCCCCAAGCGACCUGGGUGCCUUGGAAUGGGUCGUCACGGAGGCACAGAACGAGCUGGAUCGCAUGGAAAAGCAGGCUGAAGAAGUUCUUGAGAAGGACGGCCCUGACAGCCCGAUCUUGGAGGACUUGUACGACCGUAUGGACAAAAUGGAUCCUUCGACCUUCCACACUCGUGCUUCCUUGAUUUUGACCGGUCUGGGUUUCAACAAGACGACGAUCCAGAAGAAGACCAAAGAUAUGUCCGGUGGUUGGCGGAUGCGUGUCGCUUUGGCCAAGGCUCUGUUCGUCAAGCCUUCCCUGCUUCUGCUCGAUGACCCGACCGCCCACUUGGACUUGGAAGCCUGUGUGUGGCUGGAGGAGUAUCUGAAGAAGUGGGAACGUACGCUGGUCUUGGUGUCGCACUCGAUGGAUUUCCUGAACGGUGUUUGCAGCAACAUGAUCGACAUGCGUAUGAAGCAACUGCUCUACUACGGUGGUAACUACGACUCGUACCACAAGACCCGGGCCGAACAGGAGACCAACCAGAUGAAGGCCUACACCAAGCAGCAGGAGGAAAUCGCUCACAUCAAGAAGUUCAUCGCCUCCGCCGGUACAUAUGCCAACCUGGUCCGACAGGCCAAGUCCCGCCAGAAGAUUCUCGACAAGAUGGAGGCCGACGGUUUCAUCCAGCCUGUCGUCCCCGACAAAGUCUUCACUUUCCGCUUCGCCGAUGUGGAAAAGCUGCCCCCUCCGGUGCUUGCAUUCGACGAUGUCUCGUUCUCUUACUCCGGCAAGUGGGAGGACACUCUGUAUGAGCACUUGGAUCUCGGUGUGGACAUGGACUCACGAACGGCCCUGGUCGGCCCUAAUGGUGUCGGCAAGUCUACCCUCCUCCGCCUCAUGACCGGCAAGCUCAGCCCCAUUGAGGGUCGUGUCAGCCGCCACACCCACUUGAAGCUGGGUAUUUACAGCCAGCACUCUGCCGAGCAGCUGGACCUGACCAAGUCCGCCCUCGACUUCGUCCGUGACAAGUUCUCCACGCAGUCCCAGGAUUACCAGUACUGGCGCCAGCAGCUCGGCCGCUACGGCCUCAGCGGUGAGGCCCAGACCGCUCUGAUGGGAACCCUCUCCGAGGGUCAGAAGAGUCGUAUCGUCUUCGCCCUGCUGGCCAUCGAGUCGCCCAACAUGAUCCUGCUGGACGAACCGACGAACGGUCUGGAUAUCCCCACGAUCGACAGUUUGGCGGACGCCAUCAACGCAUUCAGCGGUGGUGUCGUUGUCGUCUCUCACGACUUCCGUCUCCUCGACAAGAUCGCCAAGGACAUCCUGGUGUGUGAACACAAGACCGUGCGCCGGUGGGACGGCUCCAUCGGCGAGUACAAGAACUACCUGCGCAAGAAGAUGAUUUCAGAGGGUGCGGUCUAA